CUGAACGAAGAACAGGUCUAGCCGUAACGGGCCCCACAGGAAGGCUUGACAACGCCGGGUUCCGCUAAGAACCGCAGCAGAUCCAACCCAACAGUGCGCCGGUAUGGACCUCGUCAAGAACGCUAUCUGGGGACCGGACCCCAAGGAACAGUACCGGAAAUGCCUGCAGUCACUGCGAAAGAAUAAGAGGCAACUCGACAGACAAAUCCAGGACUUGAACAACGUGGAGAAGAAGAGCAAGUCGCUCAUAAAACAGGCGGCGAAAAAAAAUGACAUGAAAUCUGCCCGGCUGUACGCCAAGGAGCUCCGCAACACGCAGAAGGUGAACGAGCGCAUGCACGUUUCCAGAGCCACGCUGGACUCGAUCGAGCUAAAGCUGAACGAGCAGCAGCAGUUGAUCAAAAUCAAAGGAUCGCUCCAGAAGUCGACGGCGAUUAUGCAGGACAUGAGCCAGCUUGUGCGCGUGCCCCAGAUCAGCAAGACGGUGCAGGAGUUGUCUAAGGAGUUGACGAAAAGCGGCGUCAUCGACGAGAUGGUGUCGGACAUGUUGGACUCUGCGGAAUGGGAAGACGAAGAACUGGAUGAAAACGAGGAGAUCGACGACCUGCUCACUGACAUAUUGGGCGACAAGGAGACUGCCAUCGUGCAAGAGCCUAGCACUCCCGCUGCAGUCCAACAGGAAGCACAGAAGACGGAGCUGGCGGCUGCGAUCGAGGCCGACGACGAUGACGAUGAAGACCUCAUACAAAACAUGCGACAGAGGCUUAGUUCCUUACAAGGGUAGACCGGUUUUGUGUAAUUUAUGUUGUUAUAUUUUCUGGAGAUGUAAUAAAAACACUAUAUGUUGUUGAAAUUUACAAAAGUGUGCUAUGUAAAUAUGUGUGUACUAUUUUUUCAUUUGUUCAACGUA